AAUGGAGACCAACAGCAGCUUGUCUACCGACUCAGUGCCUUCAGCAGCCUUGCUACAGCACUUGGAUGAGUACUUCCCCAAGUUCUCACCUGAGAUCACCAAGAUGAUAUGCAAAGCGCAUGGGCUCUCCACUAAAGACGAGCGCGUGCACGCGCUCUUCUCUAUUGUAGUGGAGAUCUUCCUUGAUAAACUCUUCUGAUCUCCGAGUUCCAGCUGCAUCUAUGAUGUUGAUAAUAGAAACAAGAAGGACUUGAAGACCCAUUUGAUCUUUAGUGAGCUCGUCGAGGUGCUUAAGGAUUAUGAUAUUGACACGGAGUUUGUAAAUAGAUUCCAUCAGCCUAAUGAAACAGGGUUCGAACAGUAGAAGAUGAGAUGGGAGAAAAGCAAGAAAAUAUAAUUUUAUUAAAAAGAUAAGAAGGAUGAUUGUGUUUAAAAGAAUUCAAAUAUUUAGCAAAGAGAGGAGAUUUUGAGUUUAAGAAAAAGGCUAGCGAAUAAUUAGAAUUUUUAUUGUCCUUUAAUCUAAUUAACUUUCUUCCCAAGUACUUUUAAAUCAAUUUCUUUGAAAUUUACUGUUCUGGCACCCAAAGAACAAGAAAUUCCACUAAGAGGCCCAAAAGGAACAAUUCCUCUCAAAUCCCUCCUCCUGGCCCUCUUCCCUUCUAAACCCACCUGCUUCACAAUUUCCCAAUCUUCCCUCUUAAACCCUCCCUUAACUCCCUACUCCACUCCUCCUCUUCCUAAACCCACUUACCAAUUACACUUCUUCUGCUUAUUUCCCUCCCCCUGGCCUCUUCCAAUUUGGGGGUCCCAAUAAAAGACGAAAUUAAUAAGUUCAAUUUUGGAUUC